AUGGAGAACAACAUCGAGGCCUCUCAGCGCUUUUCGACUGUGCGCAGGGAAUUGCCCGGAUGCCGUCCCUGCGGUCUAAACUGGGAUAAGUGCAAUGUUCAUUUGGUUGAACACGCUGAUACGCUGGCCAUUUCUUUUGACAUGGGAAAUGUCUCCUGGAAAAAGCGAUUGGAGAUGAAAAACGGGAUUUUGCAAUGCAACCUCCAAGACCUUGCCGUGCUUCGCUGGAUCGAUCACCCAGGAAACGUCUCAGAAUCAGGCAUCCAACCACGCGAUUACACCGUCCACUAUUCCCCACGACAGCGUUACGAAUGCCUUUUCCCUCACUCGGCUAAUGAGGCUCAUGAAGUGUUCGAAGUUACGCACGGAGUGUCAACUGAGGAGCUCCAUGAACUAGGCAAUGAAGCAAUGGCCAGGUCAAUCAUAAUGCUAUGUCCUGCGGCUUCACCACUCUGCGAGUCGCGACAUGACGUUGAAGAGGAAGUUCACAUUCUAGCUGAACGUUGGCCGAUGAGACAAAUAGUAAAUGGCUCAGCAGUGGACGGCUUUGUUGAUAUCACGCCAGUAUCAGUUUGUCAGGAUGAUCCUACUGGUAAUGGCUGCGUGUCUUUCAACUGGGCACAGUCUGAGCCAUCUGCAACAAGAAUAAGGAUGAGCAUGUCUCCCGGAGAAAUGUUUAAAUACGUUGGUGAUGCUGGGUCAAGGUGGCCCAAGGGUUACAUCUAUCGGCACAGAGCCGUCAAUCCCGACAUCGCCAUUCAUGGCUCCUCCUAUCACGGCAUUCUCAACGCAGUGCAACCAGCAGUAUUGAAUUGUUGCCGGAGGAAGGCCAAUGUAAUCUAUGCUGUCAACAACCAGCUGAUCGACGGCGACUAUGUUUCAGAGCUCAUGGCAUACAUUCAGACCUUCUCUCAGAUUUAUGUGCGUCACGAUGACACCAAUCAGUGGGUUGGUGGCUAUGGCUGCUAUGGCUGGAACGCCAGACUGCCCUCACUUUUCAAACCACGGCAGUUCUCUGCUAGGAACGAUCCAAAGGUCUUUACUGUGAUAAGGACCAUCUUUGGUGGAGAACAGCAGUACAAGGAACUAAAAGCCUACGGGGGACUGCAGAUGCCACUAGAACAAGCAUUGGUUGUUGUAGAGGGCAGAAAUGCCAGCCGGCAAGAGGACUACAUAUACGGUGUGCUUGGGAUAACAAAAAAUGGCCACAAGAUCGAAGUCGAAUAUGGAAUUGCAUGGACCAAGAUGCUGAGGAAGCUGCAAGCAGCUGGAAUGAUCAGUGAGAGACAACUCGCAUCGCCCACUGUUUGUCCACUUCCUGGCAUGAGUUGGCUACCGGAUCCUGGACAUAAGUAUGGCCCUUUCACCCAGAUUGAACGACUGGCGAGUUUCAUCAAUAGCCCACCUAUCAACACUUCGAGUGAAGGGGCUAAAGUGCUAGGUGUAGUUUUCGAAUGGGUCAGGCCAGAUUCUGAUCACGAGGCGACAUUUAACAGGCACGGUAUGGUUUGCCAUAUCGUGAAGGGCGAGCUUCGGUUUCCUACAGUACCUGGACUCCGGGUCAAAGCAAAUGGGAUAAGUACCAAGAGUUUCACGCACAAAAGGCUGCAAGGAACACACGUUUUGCUGUCCAGCGGCCUGAAUAAGUAUUCGCGAGACGCUGUGGUCAUGGUAGUGUCAGGUGAUGUGAAGAACAGACAGGUAUACAGAGAAAGUGGCUAUGUCUUGGAGUUCGGUGUUAAUAGCAGUCUCGAAUUCGCCGCGGUGCAAAGCAAUGAAUGGACUUACGAUUAUCAAUUCGCAUCAUACGCCGCUACCAUGACACCUUCACUGGAACAAGUCUUUACAAUGAGGAUGUAUACAUCCCCAGACAAAGCCCUCGUCAUCCCCGAAGCCAAGGGCAACAAUCACCGUAUUGUUGCGUUCCUGACGCACGGCCACAUCAAGGGCAGUGGUCUUGAGGCAGAGCUCCUCCCCGGCGGUGCUGAUUGGAUCCUGCGCGACCCUGACACAAAUACCGGCCAUCUUGACGUCCGAGUUCAAUUCCGGUCAAAAGAGGGCCACGGAAUUUACAUCCAUUUCAAAGGCGUUUUGCAGAUUGAUGGCAAAUGGAUGGAGGUUUUUACUGGGGGCUCGAAGGCUCGAACUCUUAAGUUUGGAGAGAAUGAAUGGCUGGGAUCACCAAUUAUCGAGACUAGCCAUCCGGACCUGAAAUGGGUAGAAAGUUCCGCUUUUGUCAGUGAGUUGCGUUGGUUUGUUGAUGAUGAUGGGUCUGUCGCUGUUGAGAAUGCUGUCUACAAGGUCAAGCCGAGCAGAGUAUAA